AUGUUUUGGAUAUUUUUUGUUUUACUAAUAUUUUCUACUAGUGAUUGUAUUCUUAUCGAUCAGAUCACAUCAACAUCAUCAUCAUCGUCAAGCACAUCAUCAUCAAGCACAUCAUCAUCAACAACAUCAACAACAACAUCAUCGUCAUCAAGCACAUCAUCAUCUUCAACAACAACAGCAGUACCAGGAUGGACAAUUACAGGGAGCAUGAAUGCCGCACGAGAAUAUCACACAGCCUCCACAUUAGCUAAUGGAUCAGUAUUAGUUGCUGGUGGAAUUGGUAGUCCUGGUUCUCUUAAUAAUGCUGAAUUAUACAAUCCAUUAACAGGUAUCUGGACAACCACAGGAAACAUGAGUUCCGUACGAGCAUAUCACAUAGCAUCCAUAUUAGCAAAUGGGAAUGUAUUAGUUACUGGUGGACAGGGCAGCAGUGGUUUUCUCAAUAGUGCUGAAUUGUACAAUCCAUCAACAGGCACUUGGACAACUACAGGAAACAUGAGUUUCGUACGAGCAUAUCACACAGCAUCCAUAUUAGCAAAUGGGAAUGUAUUAGUUGCUGGUGGACUUGGUAGUACUGGUUAUCUCAAUAGUGCUGAAUUGUACAAUCCAUCAACAGGCACUUGGACAACCACAGGAAAUAUGAACGCCACACGAUAUGAACAUAUAGCAUCCAUAUUAGCAAAUGGAUAUGUAUUAGUUGCUGGUGGACAGGGCAGCAGUGGUUUACUCAGUAGUACUGAAUUGUACAGUCCAUCAACAGGCACUUGGAUAACUACAGGAAAUAUGAAUCUCACGCGAUAUUAUCACACAGUAUCCAUAUUAACAAAUGGAUCGGUAUUAGUUGCUGGUGGAUCUGGUAGUGCUGGUUCUCCCAAUAGUGCUGAGUUAUAUAAUUUAUUAACAGGCACUUGGACAACUACAAGAAACAUGAGUUUUGUACGAGCAUAUCACACAGCAUCUACAUUAGCAAAUGGAUCAGUAUUAGUUACUGGUGGAUAUGGUAGUACUGGUUCUCUCAAUAGUGCUGAGCUUUAUUAA